GCAAUUAACAGUAUACGGUAGCAGAUUUAGAAUACAGAAACAGUUCAUGUGCUCAAGUUGUGUCGUUGUCACGUGCUAAGUUGUCGUGAUGGAUUGUGUAGUUCUCGUGUCCAAACUCGCACUCCUAAUAAGUGUUGCUGCCCUAGCAGAGAAAACGUUCGAUCCACCAAUUUACAAAUAUGAUAACUACGAGAUAUGCAAAGCAAAGUACAAUCAGGAGGCAACAUUUUGCAUCACGAAGAUUCAUCUUGACUCGGAAGAUGGUGGAAACUGCUCGAUCCCGAGUGCGAUUAGCCCCGACAACCAUCCAAACAUUUUGUCUUGGUCCGUUUGCGUUCAGGAUUGCAAACAUGAGCUGAUGUCCCUGACCCCACGCGAGAGGGCACAGCUUAAUUAUCGGCACGAUGAAACUGAUGAAUCGAAUCAAGGAGAUUUGAAACAUCGGUAUGGAAACCUCACCAAAGCCUGUCUUAUCAACCGGCUGCAAUACCAUUUCAACAAAACUGGAACCAUUGAAGUGCAGUAUUGUGAAUCGAAUGAAGAACAAACCAGUGAUUGGGUAGCAAUGCUCUUUCUAGGUAUUUGUAUUACCUCAAUCGUUCUGACAGGGUAUGCAACCCUCACGAACAGAACAGCUGAAUCUCUCAAUUCUACCGAGCCGGGACUGGUUGAAGCGUUCGCCAUACAACGAUCUUGGCGCACCUUCCUGGACAUCCCGACCACUAAGACCUAUCAGGACUUCCGGUACAUCGAGGGUGUCCGAGUUGUGGUCUGUCUUAUCAUCGUAUUCAUGCACACCUGGUAUGAAGUGAUCAUGCUGCCGACUUCCAAUCCGGAGAAGCUCCUCGAGAUAUCGUUAUUUGGAAAGUUCAUAAACAUCAUGUCGCCAACUUACGUCCAGAUCUUCCUCACCAUAAGCGGUCUGCUGGUGGCGGUCUAUUUCCUUCCGGAAGCGGGCAAAGAAGAAUCCUUCAGAUGGUCAUUUCUGCGAAACAAAUUGCUGAAACGAUUGAUUCGGUUGAUGCCGACGUACGUACUAUGGAUGCUGUUCACUGCUUCGCUGUACGGAACCAUGAAUAACGGUCCAAUGGCCUAUCAUACCCUGAAAAUGCACAGUCAGCCAUGUCGGGAGUUUUGGUGGACUAAUUUGAUAUUUACCAACAAUUUUCCGAUCCGAGAUAGUUUCUGCAUGAUUCACACAUGGUACUUGGGUGCUGACAUGCAGGUGUUUGUGGCUGCUCUUGGAUUUUUAACGCUAAUGUGGCGGUUCCCAGAUGCUUUCCCGAAGAUGGUGGCCAUCGUUAGCUUGUCAGCUGUUUCAAUCCUAGUUUUCAUUUCUCACGCGUAUGCUUUGGAUCCGAUAUUUCGGCUAGGACUUGGAGACAUGCUUUACGGAAUUCCGUUGUUCCGAUGGAUGCUUGUGCUCUACAUACCAGGAUACACGAACAUUUGGUCAUACCUCUGUGGAAUUACAGCUGGACAUAUGUACGUUACCAUCAGCAAUGGUGGCCCUGAUCUUCGUGACACUACGUUAUACAAAAUCAUUCGAUUCCUAUCGUCGAGCCUGGUGGUAGCUGUUAUAGCAACAUCCUUCGUAGUAUACAACGCACCGUAUGACCGUUCGUCCAUUUGGACGGCUCUGAUGAACGCAAUCACUCGAAUCUACAUUCCGCUGUUCGUCUCCGUAUGUUUCGUUGAGGGAAUCGCUCGUCCCGCGGGUAGUAUCCGCUCGCUUUUCAACAAACCGGUGUUCAGCUAUCUGGGGAAGCUGUGCUACAUAGUCUUCAUCGUUCACUACAGUGUCAUCAAGGUGCUGUACUGCCGAGACGAUCCGAACGGAACCGUAGACUACGUCACGAACAUAGUGCGUUUCGGCAUUACGACGGUGGUGUCGUUUGCACUUGCUUUCCUUAUAUUUUUAUUCAUAGAGCAGCCUUUAGUUGCAUUUUUAAGGGGUAAGCUCGUUACCCAAGCUGACAAAAGGAAGACACAAUAGAGCUUAAAAUGAUGUAAUUGUAAUUGUCCAUAUUUGUAAUAAACAACUAGGCUAGACUAGAGAAGAUUUUACAAAUGACGCAAUUACAAUAAAUGAUGCAGAAGGAUACCAGA